UUCUUUAAUAAAAAACCUUUAUCAUCCCAUACUGCAAGCACUCAGAGUCCUCUGUCUUUGGAAAUGGCUUCCCCGCCUUCCCCCGCUUCCUCUUCGCCGGAAAACCUGAUUCUCGUCGAUUACCAACCCUCUGGCGUCGCCGUGGUCACCAUCAACCGGCCGGGGUCUCUAAACUCGUUAACGCGACCGAUGCUGGUUGAUCUAGCGAGGAUCUUCAAAAGCCUCGAUGGCGAUCCAGCGGUGGGUGCAGUGGUGAUUUUCGGAAGGGGACGGGCGUUCUGUUCCGGGAUCGAUCUGACUGCGGCGGAGGAUGUUUUCAAGGGGGAUGUCAAUGAUCAGGAGACGGAUCUUGUCAUUCAAAUGGAGCGUUGUCGCAAGCCGAUUAUAGGUGCCGUGGCUGGGUUUGCUGUGACGGCGGGAUUUGAGAUUGCGCUUGCAUGCGACAUCAUCGUUGCUGGAAGGGACACUAAAUUCAUUGAUACUCACUCCAAGUUUGGGAUAUUUCCUUCAUGGGGUCUUUCACAAAAGCUGGGUCGUGUAAUAGGACCAAACCGAGCAAGACAAGCCUCCUUGAGCUGCAUGCCUAUAACUGCAGAAAUGGCAGAGAGGUGGGGCCUUGUUAACCAGGUUGUUGACAACCCUCAUGUGUUGAAUACAGCCAUAGAGGUUGCAGAAAGCAUUUUAAGGAACAACAGAGAUAUGGUGUUGAGGUACAAAUCUGUCAUAAAUGAUGGCCUCAAGUUGGAUCUCAACAAUGCCCUUAUACUUGAAAAGGAGAGAGCAUAUAAGUACUACGAGGGCAUGACCAAGGAGCAAUUUGCACAAAUGCAGAAAUUUAUUAUUUCUGGUCGAGGUGCCAAGUCUGCUUCCAAGCUGUAGAAGCUUUCUUUUUCAUUAAAGCUUGUAUUGUUCUUAUAAUUCAGUCUAAUAAAUUUGUUGCUGCUUGCAAUAACGCACUGUGGCAGUUCAUGUAUGUACGGUGCUGCUACCUGUUAUAAAGUUUUAACUUGUUUAAUGUUCCAUAUCAUCA